CCAAACACACACACACACACCCUCACAGAUCCUUCCAUUAAUUUCAGCGUCGCGACGCGCACCCAGCUUUGAUGGUUGCUAUAAAAUAGAAGCGUCAAAUAAUCAUAAAACUCCUCUCCAAACGGGACUGACGAGCAACACUGUAAAGUAGGACAGGUGGAAAUUCAGGAAAGAAGAUGAACAGAGUUACUAAGAUCCAAACAACCCCAUCAGCGUCUGGGAUAGACAUGGCUCCUUGCUUUAAGGUGACCGUGUUCGAGCAGGAGCAUUUCCAAGGCAAAUGUCAGGAGCUCACCUCAGAGUGCAGCAACAUCCAGGAGCGUGGGUUUGACAACAUCCGCUCUAUCCGUGUGGAGAGCGGCGCCUGGGUAGGAUACGAGCACCAUGACUUCCAGGGACAGCAGUUUGUCCUGGAAAAAGGAGAAUAUCCUCAUUGGGAUGCCUACAGCGGCAGUCUGGGCUACCAUGUGGAGAGGAUGAUGUCACUGCGCCCCAUCUGCAGUGCUGACCACCAGAGCAGUCGCAUGGCCAUCUAUGAGAAGGAGAACUUCCUGGGGCGCAACGUAGAGCUGUGUGACGAUUACCCAUCUUUGCAGGCCAUGGGUUGGUGCGACAAGCAAGUGGGCUCCAUGCAUGUGCAGUGUGGCGCCUUUGUGUGUUACGAGUACCCUGGCUAUCGAGGACAGCAGUAUGUUAUGGAGUGUGACAGGCACAGCGGAGACUACCAGCACUGCAGGGACUGGGGCUCCCACUGCCAGACCCCUCAGAUCCAGUCCAUCCGCAGAAUCCAGCAGUAACGCCUGAGGGCGCAUGGAAGGAAACGGAAAACAUGCAGAGUUUGGAAGCAGGGUAGUCACACCAGUCAUUCUAGCAGCAGUCACUUUAUGAGGUGCAGUGUGGCAAAUUGUAAGACCUUCACUGGCUGCACGUAGUUUCCACUUGCGGUGCUCUAGUGCUACACCAAAAAAAUUAAAGUAAACAAAAACCCAAGCAUACACAGAUACACAUCAAUGCCCGUUCAACAAAAAUCACCAGCUCACAUUCAUCCCCACAUGUGAUCCAAGGUAAAGUAGUAGCAUAUAAAAACAAUAUUCAUAUGAAACUAAUAUUCUAUACAACAGAAGCACAGUGGGAGACACCGGAGAGUAAAAAUGUGUCAAUCAUGGCAAGAUGUGUAUCUGUAUAUGCAACCAUGUCACGUCUCUGUGACGUUUGAGUGCCAUAUGGGGACAGAUGGGAGUGUGUGUUAGACCAUUCGGAGGAGAGGAGGACAACGGUUGACUAAUAAAAACAUACUCACCUCAAA